AUGCGGCGGCUGUGGUGCGCCCUGCAAGGAGAGGCGCUGUGCGUGCGGCUCCACCGCCGCUUCGGAAAUGCGCCGAAUCGCGUGCGGCCGGUCGAGAUGCCGCGUGAGUACGCGUGGCGGCAGAGCGAGCGUGAGGUCAGCGCCAUUGUGGCGAUUGCGGUGAUGUUUGUUGUGCCGGUGUGGCUCAUUGUUUUGUCGGGCGCAGAGGCAGAAGGGAAGCGCGAGGACGUUAGACAGUGGGCGCAGGGGCAGCGGCGCGACUGUGAGUGA